AUGCAACCAAAUAACGCUGGAAAAAGCGAAGAGUAUGAGAAAGCAUGGCGACAACACGCAAUUUUACUGGCACUGGCCCCGUUUAUCUCUGGUUGCGGUGCAGGUAUGGUAGCGACGGUAGUGGUCCAGCCGAUUAAUACUUUGAAAGUUCGAAUGCAACUCAUGCAGUAUGAAAAGUCUAAAGCAGCAGCAUCUUCAAUGUCGCUCAUUCGUGGUCUCAUCGUUCAGCGCAGAGUAGCCGAACUGUAUAACGGCUUGUCGGCUGGCUUACUACGUGUCAUGAUGUAUGGUACGGCGCGGAUUGGCUUAUUCACAACGUUUGAAAGUAUGCUGCAGCAACGCGCCGCCGAGAGAGGAACAUCGCUUGGUUUUGGAAGGCGAGCUGUCGCUAGCAUGUCUGCUGGUGCACUGGCGACAACUAUAGGGAAUCCCACCGAAGUAACGCUGAUCAGGAUGCAGGCCAACGGAGCAACACCUGGCGCUGAUUGAAUUCAUUACUAUAGAUCCGCUGUCGAUGCGCUAAGGCGCAUCAUACGG